UAAGUAUCAGAAAUGGAUGCUGUUCUGCCACAGCUUCAUUGUAAAUUUUUCAUUGAGAGAAUAUUAGAAAUUUGGAUUUUUUUCUUGUGGAAAUGUUCACUGGGUUGAGUGCAAUCUUCCUGAUGCUGUCAGUAGUGGAAUUCAUAAUCGGAAUGUUGGGGAAUGUGUUCAUCGGACUGGUAAACUGCUCUGAGUGGGUCAAGAACCAAAAGAUCUCUUUAUUUGACUUUAUCAUCACCUCCUUGGCUAUCUUCAGAAUUGGUCAACUGUUGGUGUUUUUCUUUCAGUCCUUUUUAAUGGGACUAGAUCCACAUUUAUUUUUUACUCUUAAACUAGCAAAAACUAUUAGUUUGCUUUGGAGAAUCACUAAUCACUUGGCUACCUGGCUUGCCACCUGCCUAAGCAUUUUCUACCUCCUUAAGGUAGCUCACUUCUCCCACUCCCUUUUCCUCUGGCUGAAGUGGAGAAUGAACAGAGUCAUUCUUGUAAUAUUUGUAUUUUCUUUGGUCUUUCUGUUUUUUGACUUUCUCUUGCUAGAAACAUUUAACGAUCUCUUCUGGAUGACAGCAGAUGAAAGUAAUCUGACUUUAUAUUUAGAUGAAAGGAAAAUGUUCCACGUACAAAGUGAGAUUCUUCUUAGCUUGACCUAUCUCAUUCCUGUUGUUCUGUCCCUGAUCUCACUGCUGGUUUUAUUUCUGUCCUUGGUGAAACACACCAGAAAUUUGCAGCUCCACUUUGUGGGCUCGAGGGACCUCAGCACAGAGGCCCAUAAAAGAGCCAUGAGAAUGGUGAUGUCUUUCCUCCUCGUCGUCAUGAUUCAUUUUUUUUCCAUGCAGUUGGCAAAUUGGAUGUUUUUUAUGUUUUUUGAUAAGAAGUUCACAAAAUUCAUCAUAUUGGCAGCAUAUGUCUUUCCCUCAGGCCAUUCGUUUAUGUUGAUUCUGGGAAACAACAAGCUGAGACGGGGAGCUUUGAAGGUACUGAGUCAUCUUAAAAUCUCCUAGAAAAGAGAAAAUCCAUGACCUUUACAGAUUCACUUCCCAGAGUCUUCUUGAAGAUAAAAAUGAGGAGAAUUUGAGGAUCAAUGUUCACUUCUGCUGUUUUUUUGUUU